CCGGCCUGGUGAGGCAGGGAGAGAGAGUGAGGGAGAGGGAGAGAGAGUGAGAGAGAGAGAGAGAGAGAGAGAGAGAGAGAGAGAGAGAUAGAUGUGAUUGUGCGUGUUUGGGACGAGAGAGCGAGGAGAGCACACAGUGAUCACAAUCAAGGCAAAAGUCCGACCGCGGAGGGAGCGCUCUUAAAUCACGUGGGGGUGUGGAUUUGUACAGGGAAAAAGUAAAAGUGUCGUCGGAGUGACUUCUGGUUGUACUUUGUUCUCCUCCUCUCUUUGCCUUUCCACCCCCCUCCGCCCUGCAUUCCGCGGAGCAGCUGUGUUUUAAUGCCCCUGCGCACCCGAGGAGGAGAGGAAGGAGAGAAGAGUGAGGAAGAAGAGGCAGAAGAAGAAGAAGAAGUAAGAAGGCCUGGACACCACCCCUCCUCGCCCUUUGGAGGUCUGUCCACUCUCCCCUCCUGGCCCUGCAUGGACGGGGAUGGGGAGAGCCGGAUGCUGUUGCCGCGGGGCUGAGCGCCUCGCCUCCCCGUCUCUGGUGCGCCGCUUCCGGCCAGUGCUGCUGCUGAUCAUCGCUCUCUGCUGCGGUGCCCACAUAGGUCAGUGUCAAGUGGCCACCCCUCAGUGUCGUAUCCAGAAGUGCACCACCGACUUCGUCUCCCUGACCUCCCACCUGACGCCGGCUGUGGAUGGCUUUCACACUGAAUUUUGCAAAGCUUUACGUGCGUACUCGGCCUGCACCCAGAGGACAGCCAAGUCCUGCCGGGGGAACCUGGUCUUCCACUCGGCCGUGCUGGGCAUCUCAGACCUCAUGAGCCAGAGGAAUUGCUCCAGAGACGGGCCCACUUCCUCCACGCACCCCGAGGUCCACCCCGAGCCCUGCAGCUACCACAGUCGCACCCAACACGCCCACACACACUCCCACGUGCAUGCACACACACAUGCCCAUGCGCACGGCCAUGGCCACAGCCACUCUCAGCCUGGGUACCUAUUCUGCGGGCUGUUUGGGGACCCACACCUGAGGACAUUUAAGGACAGCUUCCAGACUUGUAAGGUGGAGGGGGCGUGGCCUCUCAUCGAUAAUGACUAUCUGUCGGUGCAGGUCACUAAUGUUCCCGUGGUACCUGGCUCGAGUGCCACGGCAACCAAUAAGAUCACCAUCAUCUUCAAGCCCUAUGAGGGUUGCACAGACCAGAGGGUCUACCAGGCCGUCACAGACAACCUCCCUGCUGCUUUUGAUGAUGGCACCGUGAGCAGUGGAGACCCCAUCCACACUUUUGCUGGUGCAGACGGGGCAGCCGGGAAGGUCCGGGCUCUUUGGAUCUCUGAGCGCACCCCGGGGCACCACGUGGAGCUGCAUGCUGGCUACAUUGGUGUGACUGUAAUUGUUCGCCAGCUGGGCCGCUACCUGACCCUGGCAGUGCGGAUCCCAGAGGAGUUGGCUCAGGCCUAUGAUGCCACCCAGGACCUGCAGCUCUGUCUGAACGGCUGCCCCAGUGGAGAGCGCAUCGACCAGGCAGGGCAUCUUCCCCUGCCCCUCUCCCCUCCUGCGCUUGGCCUUCAGCUUCAGCAGCUACGUCGGCCCAGCUACGCCUCACAGACACAAGCGUACCCCUACGGUACCCCGCAGGUUUUCGGUGUGGACGGGGCAAAGGAACGCUGCAGGGAGAAGCUGGAGGAGCCAGACAUUUACUUCCACUCCUGCGUGUUUGAUCUCUUGACCACCGGGGAUGCUAAUUUCACAGUGGCGGCUUACAGUGCCCAGAAGGACAUGGAGAGUCUCCACCCACACCGGGAUAGAUGGAGGAUUUAUCCCCGUGGCUCCGCCACCUCCACCUUAAACUCUGAUUGUCAACCAAUCAAAAGGCUCACUCUGCUCCUGCUGUGUGCUUUGAGUGUUGCGUUGAUGUAUUAGCAGGAGUUGGAGUCUUUAUGUAUGCCCGCCUGUGAGUGGGCUCGUGUAUGUGUGUGCACUAGAAAGAGAGUUUUUUGCCGAGCACUGAUACUGAGCACUGAUUCCUCUCUCAUGCAGAGAGGAAACAGCAGGCUGGACAGUUACUGGGAACUAGAUGUUUUUGUAGAAGAGGUGGCAGAUCUCCCAGUGGGCACAGGGGAUACUGGUGACACUAACUUCAUCUUACGUGGCAGAAUCUGCCCUCUGGAGGUAAAAUACACAGCAGAUGUGAUGACGGCUUACGCUGUCUGUCUUCAUCUUUGGACACACACAAUUGACAUAAACAUUCCUGUGUGGGUGAAUUGAGUAUGUGGAUAUACACUCCAGACUGUAAAUAGUUCAUUUUGUCUUCAGUGCACAGUGUAAUGGCGUAGACUUUGAUGUGAUUUUUCUUUGAUAACUCAGACAGAGGAUGUUUGUUUUAACAGAAGCACUUUAUUUUAUUUUAUUUUAUUUUUUUAACAAAUCCACAUCAGUGUUUCUUCUUCCCAUUUACUCUCCUCCACCAAAAUCUCCAGUGGCUCAAGUUUUGGAGACUAUAAUUUUGUUUUUGAUCCUUUCAAAGUAAAAGUCAGUUACAUUACAAGGAGCUGCCAUUUUUGUUAAAGUGCAUCAUUCUUCCAGUAGCUGAUUUGACUCAGCGCCUCAUUUAAAGUCAGUCAAUGUGAGUUUUUCUGUUGAAUGUAUUAUGAAUAUUGUCACAGCAAAUGCCAUCAGUACUAUUUUCUUGCUGUAUGAAUUUGUUGUUUUUUCUGAUUUCAAAUAUGUGUGUGCGUGUGUGCGAGCGUGAGUGCAUGCGUCAGUGUUUUGUUUUUUUUUUUUACCAGUUUUGGUGACAUGUUUGAAUGUGUUUUUAUUUCUUCUGAAAAUCAUGGUAUUUCCACCUUUUUUUCAAGAGGCUGUGACGAUACUGGCUCAUGUUUGUUACUCAGCGUAAACUUUGUUGUUUUCAUUUGAGCCAAAGACAGAUGAUGUAUGAUUUUUUAUGUAGAAAGGAAAUCAUAACUCACCACCAAACCAGCACCCUCCUCCUCCUCCUCCUCCUCCUCCUCCUCCUCCUCCUCCUCACAGUCCCCCCUCCCCAUGUUUUUAAACUUGCUACUGUAGACUAUUUUUCUCCUACUGCCAGAAUUGACAAGCUGCUCCUUAAUGAGAUAUGUGUAAGAUACUGGAGUGUGGACAAAACACUGCAAAUCACUGAGAAAACGUCACCACAGAAUCAGCGGGGAUACAUACUUCAGCAUUGUGUCGUGGGAAAUGAAUGCCAUUUGAUACCUGGUAGAAAUGUUAAUCCCUACAACUAUGAGCUUUUUUUUAACAUGUAACAUUCUGUAUAACUGUGCCCCACUUUUUUGGCCAUAUAAGCUUAAUCUCAGUUUUUUGGCAUUGUGAUCUCUUACAUCAUGUGUGAGUGUCAGUUUGGUGAAGAGUGACUGGUCAGUGUUGAAAUACUUAACUUAUUUAUGAACGUAGUGUCCUGUAGGGGAAGUUAAGCUCCAUAUUCUUGCUGUUGGAUAAUAAUUUAAAAAAAUGUCAGAUGUGAUUGUACUGCCACCUAGUGGUGCUCUGUUGCUAUGUCAGUGUGUUACUCAAGGCGCUCAAAAAGAAAAAAAAAAAAAGAAAAAGAAAAAAAUUGAGGAAACAAACUGUGUGCAAGUGUUUUAUUUAAAAAACAAUAAAGUCAAAAUGAUCAAGCUUA